AUGAAUGUCAUGCUGCUUGAUAAAUCCGAGCCCACCCCGGCACCGCAGCACUGCAUGCUCUUGCCGACAUCGACACACGACGGCAACGGCGACGCCAGCAUGGGUGACGAUCCUCGAGCCACGCUGCUGCUCAACGGCAAGAUAUAUCAGUCAACAAAUGAAAGUGCGGCGCCGACCUACGCCACGUGCAUGCUCGUCCGAGGGGACAGUAUUGAGCACGUCGGCACCGAGACAGACGACGUCGUCGCAGCAGCGAGGGCCGGCGGCGCCCGCGUCAAAGAUUUGCAAGGCCAGACGGUGCUACCGGGCUUCAUCGACGGCCAUGUCCAUCUUCUGCUUGCCGGACAGUGCCUGAAAAAGGUCGACCUCGAGGGAUGCAAGAACGUGGACGACGUGCGGACGCAGAUCAAACGCUACGCCGAGUCGCAGCCCCAUAUCCCGCGCAUCUUUUGCCGUGGAUGGACGCACUCCAUGACGCCCGACGGCGUCGACGCCAGCCUCCUCGACGACCUGGAUCCUCGGCCCAUCUUUGUCGACACCAAAGAUCUGCAUUCGACCUGGUGCAACGCCGCCGCCGUCGACGAGGUGUGUCGCGUGAUGGACAUUUCCGCCGAAACACCGGAUCCAGCGGGCGGCACGAUCCAGCGAGACGGCACCGGAAAGCCAAAUGGCGUCUUCAACGAGAGCGCCGUAUUCCAAAUCAUCUGGCCCUUUGUCGCCCGAGUGGCGUCCAUGGCGGAGCGGAAGGAGGCGAUCAAGGGAGCCUUGACCCAAUUCAACUCGGUCGGGUACACCGGCAUCAUCGACAUGGCCAUGGAUGACAACAUCUGGGAGCCGUUGAUGGAGCUGAGGCGUGAUGAGGGCGGCCUGCGCGGCAUCCGGGUGGCCGCCUACUGGCUCAUGAGACCGGACGAGUCGCGCGACAAGGUGCUCGCCCAGGUCGACCGUGCUGCCGCCUUGGCCCGAGAGUUCAACGCCGAGACGACGCCAGACUGCCGCCUCGUCGGGGUCAAGGUGAUUUGCGACGGCAUCGUCGACGCCUGCACCGCCUCUCUCACGGAGCCGUACUCGAGCCGGGAGAGCCCGGAUCCGAUGUGGAGCGAGCAGGUGCUCGACUCGCUCGUAGCCAGAGCGCACGAAGCCGGCUUGCAGGUCGCCCUCCACGCCAUCGGUGACCGCGCCAUCAGCAUGGCCAUUGACGUGCUCGAGAAGGGGACGGACAGGUCGCGACGGCCGCGCAUCGAGCACCUCGAGCUCGCCUCGGCCGACGAUGCCCGACGUCUCGGCAAGCUGGGCAUCACGGCUUCCAUCCAGCCCGUCCACUCGGACCCUGCCAUUCUGCGCGCCUGGCCACGGCUGCUGGGCGAGGACCGCUGCAGGCGAGCGUUUGCCUACCGCGAGUUUGUCGACGGAGGCGCUCCCUUGGCCCUCGGCUCCGACGCACCGACGGCACCGCACGAGCCGCUGCCGAACCUGUACGUCGCGACGACGAGACGUUCCUAUCGCGAGCUCGGCCUCGAAACGACCGUCAGUCCCGAGCUCGCCCUCACCGUGUGCCAGGCGGUGGCGGGCGCGACGCACGGCUCGGCGUACUCGUGCUUCGCCGACGAGUGGACGGGCCGGCUGCGGCCGGGGAUGAAGGCCGACUUUGUCGUUGCUCAGGUAGAACUGACGGCAGAAAAGCUGGUCCAGGGGGUCGUGAGAGAAACCUGGUUCGAGGGUAGGAGGGUGUAUCCGGUCGAAGGGUGA